AAUAAGAUCCUGAACAGAACCGGCUGCUGCCCCGUCUGCACUGAAAAGCCGGGUGUGUGCACGGUGUUUGGGGACCCUCACUACAACACCUUCGACGGGAGGACUUUUAACUUCCAGGGAACGUGUCAGUACGUCCUGACUCGUGACUGUGGCGGCGUCUCCUCCGGAAGCCCGGGAAAUAACGUCAACAGCCCCGACUCCAGCUUCACGGUGCUGGUGAAGAACGACGCCCGGCGGACUCGCUCCUUCUCCUGGACUCAGUCUGUGGAGGUGAGGCUGGGAGGUCUGGUCCUCGGCCUGCACCAGCACCUGACGGUGCGGAGGAACGGCACCCGCAUCGCUCUGCCCUACCACGGCCCCGGGGUGCACAUCGACCUGGACGGGUAUCUGCUGAAACUCACCACCAUAGCAGGUCUGGAGAUCACGUGGGACGGCGACAGUUUUGUUGAGGUCGUCGCCGCCCCCCACCUGCGUGGACGCCUCUGCGGCCUUUGCGGCAACUACAACGGCCACAAGCGCGACGACACCAUGGGAGGCGACGGCCAGUUCAAGUUUGACGUGGACGAGUUCGCCGAGUCGUGGCGAGUCGAGGGGAACGAGGUUUGCACCCAGCAGCAUCCGCCUCGUCGACCCACCUCCUUCCUGUGUCCGGGCAGCGUCAAGGUCAAGUUCCGCGCCCACCGGGAGUGUCAGAAGAUAAAGUCGUGGGACUUUCAGAAGUGCCACCGCGUGGUCGACUUCGGCCCUUUCUACAGGUGA